AUGACGUCAUCCGUGCGUCUGUCCUCCAAUAGGUCGUGGGGAGUGUCGUACGCAAAUUUUGUAGCUCACAAGUUUCAACAUCUUCAAGGAUCCCUCUUAGACUCCUCUUGUGAAGUAGUCCAGUCGAGUGAAUGCGCUUUCGUUUGUAUUAGCAAACCCUCCUGUGUUUCGUUCAACAUCGCUCUGUUGCCAAAUGAAAAUGGAAAGCUUCGCUGUGAACUGUUAAGUGAAGACAUGUUCAGAAGUCAAGACAAACUGACCGUGUCGAAGCAGUUUCACCAUUACAGCAUAAAGACACCAUGCUCGAGUAGUCUGUGUAAAAACGGCGGCCUUUGCAUUCCAAAUUACGAAGAGGACGAAUAUCAUUGUGUUUGCGCGCUGGGAUAUACGGGUUAUCACUGCACGACAGAUGUGGACGAAUGCUCUAGUACUCCCUGCCUGAAUGGAGGAGUCUGCACCGAUCAAGUAAAUGGAUACAAAUGCACUUGUCAGCCGGGUUUUAUAGGAAUCAACUGUCAAUCAGAUGUGGACGAAUGCUCCAGUACUCCCUGCCUGAAUGGAGGGGUUUGUACCGAUCAAGUAAAUGGAUACAAAUGCACUUGUCAGCCGGGUUUUAUAGGAAUCAAUUGUCAAUCAGACUGUUCAGCGGCUUUGGGAAUGGAAAACUACAAAAUAACAUUUGCACAGAUUUCAGCCUCUAGUCAGUAUGACAAUUAUCAUGCUCCAAACCAAGGGAGGCUAAACUUCAAGAUUAGUGGGAGUUACGUUGGAGGAUGGUCUGCAAGAGCGAAUGAUCUAAACCAGUGGUUUCAAAUCGAUCUUAGAAUUGAGACAAAUGUGACUUAUGUGGCGACUCAAGGAAGAAAUCAAUACAACCAAUGGGUGACCAAGUACAAGUUGCUGUAUGGAAAUGAUGGAAAUUCAUUUCAGGUCUUCAGGCAACAAGGAGAGAGCUUAGAUAAGGUGCUUGUUGGAAACAGUGAUACUGAGACCGUGGUAAAGCAUCCUUUGAAUCCACCAAUCAAAGCACGAUAUGUGAGGCUGAUGCCCACAGCGUGGAAUAAUCACAUUUCUUUGAGGAUGGAACUCUACGGCUGUUUUGGUAGGAAAGUUUUAGUAACAAGCUCAAGUUGACGACUUACUUAA